CUCACGGGCGCCCACGCACGCAAGUGCAGUCCACACAAUAGAGAGAUUGGCUGAAAAUUUUUUGGGGGGGUUGGCAUAAGCAAAAGCGAAACUGCAAAAGAUGAAGAAGGAGGACAUGGUUAAGCUGAUCAGCGCCGAGGGCUUCGAAUUCGUCAUCGACAAGGAUGCCGCCAUGGUUUCCCAGACCAUCUACAACAUGCUCACCUCUCCAGGGAGCUUUGCCGAGACACAGCACGGAGAAGUGACUUUCCCUGAGAUCAGCACAACCAUAUUAGAGAAGAUCUGCAAGUAUUUCUAUUGGCAUCUUCAAUUUGCCAGUGGAAAGGAGACCGAGUUUCCAAUUGAACCUGAGUUGACUCUGGAGUUGAUGAUGGCUGCUAAUUAUCUUCAUACUUGAAUUAUCAUCUCUUGAGCGGCAAGUCCUGCUCAGGAUUUGAUUAUGUACUACAGUAGUAGAGAUGCUCAAGGAUGAACUCGUUACCCAAGAAGGUUUAAAACUUAUAUGAACCUCAUGUUGGUGAUUUGCAGUGGAUCUCUCUCUGCACUGCAAUGUAGCAUACAUUAUUUAACUUAUAAGUGAUUGUUACACUUUCAAACAGUGUUAGGAUGAUUCAGUCAAGGAAAGUGCAGUUAUUGGAUGAUGUAAAGUGCAGUUAGGAUAACUCAUAUGUGAUAACUAAUUAGAAUGUUAUCUCUUAAUAAGUAAGACAUGGUUUGAUGA